GCUAUAGCCGCUGUGAAAGGAACUAAUGGACGUUAUAGCACAGUAAUUGACGUGAAAAUGAAUGCUUGCGACAUAAGCAGGAUGCUAGUGCUGGACAUGUUCAUUUCCGUCUUUGAGAAUUGCAAUCAAACAUCAGCAUAUCUCCCCUUCAAAUGUCCCAUGAAAAGAGUUCGUUGCGAUAUGAAGGAUUAUGUGCUCAAUAUGAGAUUCAACAAUCUUCCAGCCGUACCCUACGGUGAUUACAGGGUGGAAUUCACUGUCUUAAAAAUUCAGCCCUAUGCCAUCGAGGAGAGACUAUCAUGUCUGAGGUUCUUUGGAUCAACCAGGCCACAACUACCAGCCAACAACAAGAAACGUCUAUGAAAACAGCUAUAACCUCAAAUAAAAUCAUUUUUAAUGAGAAACUAAACAAAGUAAUUAUCCAAUGUAUUUUAGAAUAAAUAAAGAAUGAUAUUAAAGUUA